AUGGAGUAUGAGAGCUAUAAACGGAGUAAGGAAUACGAAGGCAGCUUCUCCGGGUUGGACUUGAGUUCGACAGCACAGUUCGUGCUUUACAACUUCAAGACGCCAUCGCGUGGGCGGCCGUCGCCUCCUUUGCCUCCGCUUCAUCUAGUGGGAGGCCCAGGCAUUUCAUCGACCGGUUAUGCAGUGGAGAGUACAACGGUGAUGCUACACUCCGAAUUAAAAGGAGAGGUCAACGUGUACACGAUGGAUCAUCGCGGCAGCGGACGCAGCACAAAAUUUGAAUGUGUCGCAGCCCAGGUUACCACAACAGGAUCGCCUUGGCGCGGUGAUAUUGAUGCCACCAAAGUACCAGCAUGUGCCAAAGACUUGCACAUCAAAUACGGGAACCUUUCGGCUUUUUCCAUGACGACUGCUGCAACUGACCUCGCGACAUUCGUCUCGAAAUUCACAAAUGAAGCGGAUACCAUUGUCUAUGGAUCGUUAGGACAGUUAGGACACGAUCCCAACUCGACAUGUGCGGCGUUGAUCACCCGCGUCGGAAGCAAGGGCAAUACCUUACCGUCACACACGCUACGCUCUGCUCUUGGUACCGUGCUGAUGGGUAUGACCACUCGAACACUCAUCCCGCAUCGACUGGAUCGCUGUGGUCCCGAGGAUAUCAAUAUCCUGGCAAAAAAAUUUCCAAUUAUCAAGGCAGACAACAAAGCUGCAGAUAAAAGGAACCCUUUCGACGCUCUAUCACUCUACUACCUCAUCGUGUUCUCUGAGAUGAUGGAGUCGCCAUGUUCGAGAUGA